ACAUGACAGACUCGACUUCCUCCCUCCGACAAACACACGAACCACGUGAGCUGUUGAGACAGGCUACGUGGAUGCACGCGCUGCCGUAACCUGACCACCAGGGGGGGCUGUUACCUGCCGUGUGCGCACAGCGUGUGUCCGUGUCGAUGGCAGCUUCCAGCAGCAGAGGUCUCUGCUCGCCUCCCUGCAGUGUCAGCAACAACAAAGAGGCACAAAGGAGACAAAUGCAGCCAACUCUGGGAGUCUUUGCCGGCGUAGCAUGAGGAGAAAAUUGGUCAUUGUGAGGAGGGUAUGCUGGACCCUGACCCCGGCCACAACCAGACGCGUGAGUGUGAAAUCCAGUUUGAAAGGUAAGCAGCAGAUAAAGCUACAUGACAAAGGCAAUAUCAUCUCUCCCCCUCUCUCCCAAAUGUCUUUUCAUCCAUCUUUCCCCUCCUUUAUUUGCAUUCACCCCCUCAAUCAGUGGGCUGCUCUCACAACUUCAUACGGCAGAUGGAUGCAAGUGUAAAUAAAAUAUCACUUAAUAAUUCAGCUCAUCGAAAAGCCUUCAGGGCUGACACGUGAAAUGUCCAAAAUAAUAAUUUGAUGUGGCACGACUCUGCUUCAUUUACGUUUCUCUCUUUUUUUUCUUGCUUAAUGCGUACGGAGCAAUUAGGUGCACAUCACUCAUGCCUGUUGGGUCUGUUACCAUAGCUACAAUACGAUUGUGCAGACAAUCAUCUGGUCCUUGUUUCCUCCAAUGGGGUCGCACGGCUGGAGCUGCAAUAUAAAGUAAAGAUGCUCAUCUUUCAGCAACACACGAGUAAGAGUCAGAAACAGGUAUAUGAGUACGAGAAAGUAUUGCAGAGUGGCAGGCAGGGGACUGCGCCCAGUCAUGGCGGACCACAGAAACAAGAUCCGACGAGCAUCACAGCAGGAGAGGAAGAUGUGGCCUCAAUUAAAUGGAGCUCCAAAUCCCUUCAAUCAGAACAUCUGAGGAAAAGAUGCGUUCAGGGACAGUCGUGGAAGAGCUUUGAGGCCAGGCUUGUUGAAAUCAAAGGCCCGAGAGCUGAUAUCAUUUUUUUUUUUUUUUUUUUUGCAGGCUGUCUGUAUCAUUCUGAGAAAAAAUAAACGUGGUCAGUUAAUCUGCGGCUCGGAAAAGGACAACAGCCAAUGCAGCAUGUUCAAGCUGCCCCCCCACUGGGCGGCCCAUGAGCCUGUCGAUAUGGUGGUUUGAUGUUGGAUGGAAAAUAAGAACCCCCCACAACAAACAGAGAGGGCUGGAACAGAGAGACUGGAACAGAGAAAGAGAGGGUAGAAAGGGAAGAACCAUCGACAGAUGGACUCUGUUGUGAUUAAAGAUGGCGGCAGUCUUCACUGCAGACUACGAAGGACUAUACUCGAUCCAUAGAAAAGCGGUGGGAGUUGUCUGCGAUUCAACACAACAGAACCAAGAAACGCUCUGUAAGGAACAAAUGGAUGGCAAAGACAAUCUGUCAUGGCGACACUCUGCUUUGGCCAGGCCUUCGCAAGUCGAGGUGAUGAGAGGGAUGUUUCCAAUUCUGCAACCUGAUGUGCUCAAUAACCGUGCGAUGGAAUCCUCACUAAAUGGAUGUACAGCUGGAGGAUGUGUGAGGAAGACAAUCAAACUCAAGGAGUUUUUUUGCAGUGGCAUAAGUAGAGGUCUGGAUCUAGAAGUCGUGCAGCGUGGGCUCUACGGGGACGCAGUUUAUGGAUGCUGGGACUAUGAGCAUAAGCGACAAAAGAGGCUACUUAGCAGCAGACCUGGGAGGCAGCUUCACUGAGGAUGCACCCAGACCUCCAGUCCCAGGGGAAGAGGGCGAGCUGGUGUGCAGCGAUGGACGCCUAUACAGCAACCUCGGCUUCUCCUCAAAGAGCGAGAGCCUCAAAAGCGAGGCGUCCGUGGCUACGCCCAGGCGACCUGACCUGGACCUGGGUUACGAGCCGGAAGGGAGCGCUUCCCCUACACCACCCUACUUAAAGUGGGCCGAAUCUCUUCACUCCCUCCUGGAUGACCAGGAUGGCAUCCAUCUGUUUAGGACGUUCCUCAAGCAGGAGGAGUGUGCCGACAUGUUGGACUUCUGGUUUGCGUGCAGUGGCUUCCGCAAACUCGAAGCCAACGAGGGCAAUGAUGAGAAGAAGUUGAAACUGGCGAAAGCGAUCUAUAAGAAAUACAUCCUGGACAACAAUGGGAUCGUUUCCCGACAGAUCAAACCAGCUACCAAGUCCUUCAUCAAAGACUGUGUCACGAAGCUCCACAUUGACCCUGCAAUGUUUGACCAGGCUCAGACUGAGAUACAGACUAUGAUGGAGGAGAACACCUACCCUUUAUUUCUUAAGUCUGACAUAUAUUUGGAAUAUACACGGACAGGAGGAGAGAGCCCCAAGCUGUACAGCGAUCAGAGCUCUGUUUCCGGGAAUGGAAAGGGCCUGUCGGGUUAUUUACCGACUUUAAACGAAGACGAGGAGUGGAGAUGUGACCAAGAGCCGGAGGAGCAGCCUGAGUGCGACCCCACGCCGAGCAACCGGCUUACUCAGAAGCUGCUAAUGGAGACGGCGCCGCAGCGUGUUGCCAGCAGCGCGAGAUUCCAGGACAGUCACGAGUACAGGCAUGCACCAUGUCGGGAGCCCAUCAACCCGUACUAUGUCAACACUGGUUAUGCCAUGGCUCCUGCCACCAGCGCCUACGACAGUGAGCAGCAGAGUAUGUCCAGCGACGCAGACACAGUUUCCCUCACCGACAGCAGUGUAGAUGGGGUUCCACCCUACAGAUACCGCAAGCAGCAUCGCCGGGAGAUGCACGAAAGUGCCAAAGCAAAUGGGCGAGUGCCACUACCUCAUAUUCCGCGCCCAAACCGGAUUCCAAAGGAUAUACAUGUGGAGCCGGAGAGGUUUGCUGCAGAGCUGAUCAGCAGGCUGGAGGGUGUGCUGAGGGAGCGCGAGGCUGAGGAGAAACUGGAGGAGCGGCUGAAGAGAGUACGACUGGAAGAAGAAGGUGAUGAAGUCAUGUCUGUAGCAACAUCAUUUUACAGUCACAGGCUCCCCCCUGGUGCUUAUCCGCAGAAUUACAACCCGCGCUACGCUGACGCGACCUACCCUUUAAUGAGAGAUGCUCACGAGGAGAACCCUGAGAGCAUCCUGGACGACCACGUCCGGCGCGUCAUGAAGACUCCCGGCUGCCAGUCACCGGGCACCGGCCGCCACUCCCCGAAGUCGCGCUCACCUGACGGGCUACCAGGGGGCAAAGGGAUGGGACUUGGAAUGGCGCUGACCUCGGGCCAGGGUAAACAUCAAUCCAGACACGGUCUGAAGGGCGACACCAGCCACCUGUACCACCACAAACACGUGCACCACAUCCACCACACAGGCGUGGGGAAGCCGAGAGAGCAGGUGGAGGCUGAGGCAGCCAUGCGCGUGCACGGCGGCUUUCCCUGGAGCGCGGAGGCGAGUCAUUACGGAUCCAAGUCUCGCAGCUACGCAGACGGCAUGGGAUCCAGCUCGAUGGAGCAUGCAGGGUAUAGCAGCAAAGGUGGCGCACAGUGUAAAAGAGCGUUCAAGAAAGGUGAGGAGGUGCGGCCUUAUGACAUGCCGGCGCCUGCAGAGGAGAUGGAGAAAAACCAGAAGAUCCUUUUGUGGCUGAUGGAAGGACAGAAGGAAAUGGUUCAACAUAAGAGGAGCCCGUACGGGAGCACCACUGGGUCCAAGAGGACAACAGGCCACGAGGGAUCCCGCCUGAGUUCGGCGGAGCGACCGGGGCCGGUGCACCCGUGCGUCGGCACCCAGCUGCGUAACAACGUGCAGCCGUCCCACCCUUUCAUCCAGGAUCCCACCAUGCCCCCCAACCCGGCUCCCAGCCCCCUCAUCCAGCUGGAGGAGGUGCGCCGGCGGCUUGAGGAGGAGAAGAUAAAGUCUGGGACGAUACAGCCCAAGCAAAGGUAUGUGAUGGAGGUGAUCCAGAGGGGUCGCACCGCAGUCAGGCCUGCACUGUUCCCUCCGCUCAGCGUGGUGCCCGCCGUUUCUGACAGCGAGCUCUCCGAGCCCGAACAUAAAGCCACUAAAAAGCAGCCGUGUGAGAACAUCACUGUGGCGUAUUACUUCUGUGAGGAGCUCAUACCGUACAGGACGUCUGUCAAAGGGAGGAUCGUCACACUGGGACAGUUCAAAGAACUGCUAACGAAGAAAGGAAAUUACAGGUAUUAUUUCAAGAAGGUAAGCGAUGAGUUUGACUGCGGGGUGGUGUUCGAAGAGGUACGCGAAGAUGACGCUAUAUUGCCCAUCUUCGAGGAGAAGAUUAUCGGGAAGGUCGAAAAAAUCGAUUGAAGUGUGAACGUUGAAGGAGAAAGAGUCGAAAAGAAGCCGGCGCGUGAUAGGUCGAGGAGCGACUGGAAGGUCGAGGAGCAAUUGGAAGGCGAAGAGGAAGUGCUGUGGGAUUGAAACCCGGAGGAGCGAAGCAGAAAGUGAUACAGGAGAAGUGGAUCUGAAGCGAAGCAGUGACCACAGCUGAUGACUUUUUAAUGCUUGACAGCACUGCUGCAGUGAUGUCGGACUAGAAGAAGAAGAAGAAAAAAAAAGACCUCAUUCACUUCAUCUGGAGUGUAAUGUAGCAUUGUAAAGUUUACUAGAUGAAUGAAGUACAAAAGUGCUACUAAAGCUACAUAUUUUUGAUAUGAUGUAUCAGAAGGUGUCCUUUCUGAAGUAACCACACUUGUAAUUUUUUAUAUGUAUUGGUACUAGAUGUGUACAGUUUGUGUUAAAAGAUAACAAGAUUUUAUAUCUAUUUAAGUAUUUAAAAUGCUCAUUUUCACUCCCACUGAAGUGGGAGUGUCGCCCCUGGUGAAGACGAUCAAAACCCUAGAAAGGGUUGAUUUUUGUUUUGUUUUGAUUCGUUCAUUGUUCAAGAGCCUUCUGGGCUCUAAUGUUCACGUUCCUCUUAGCGCUUUUAAUACUUUACUGACAGUACUUUUUGUUUCAGUCAGGCUGCACUUUCAUCGUAUUUUAUACCACUGACUAUGUGUCGUAGGCUGCAGCACCAAACACCAGUGACCAGAAAAAUAAAAACCCCUGUACAGCUCAGUGUCUGUGCAAUAACAAGAUGAUGGUGUUUUAUCAUCAUAAAUAAAAGUGGCGAUGUUCAGGAAUUAAUCAGAAACAUUCAGAAAUCUACAAAAAAUCUUCAGAAUGUGAGGAAAUAACAGUUUUACCAUCAGCUACAGCAGCUGAGCUACUAGCUAACUGCAGCUACAUUUAGCAGCAGUUAGCAUUCACCCUGAUUCUGUAUUUUGCGUACGAAUUUGCUACAUUUGGCACCUUUAAAAUGACCAUAGAGUGGAUUCAGUUCAUCACAAACUGAACUAUGUAACUUUCACAAAAGUAUUUUGUAUGUGGGGUCGUGGUAUUUGGUUGCACAACUGCACGCUGUACUGGUUGUUUUUAUUCUGCUGGUCAUCUGGUGUGAACUGCAUGUGAAUGUAGCUGAUGGCCAUGUUUGUCUUUAACCCAACCCAGUUGGAAGUUAUGAAAUAACACAGUCGAUGCAAUAAUGCAGUAAAAUGUGAAGAGAUUGGAAACGUGAACUAUGCAAGUCGGUUUAUAAGUUCAGUCCCCGUUAUUCAAAAAAAGGUAUAUAUUUGCCUUUUAUCUUAACUAGCUCAGUAAAUAGGUGACAUUAGGAAAAUGUUCAAAGUAACUGGAGGCUACUCAUGAGAACAGGCAGGUUAUUAAAAACCUGUUGGAAUAAAUGUCUCCUAAUUUAAUUUGAUCCAUUAGGCUGAGAUUUCAGUCGGGUUGAGGCUGUUUUUAAUGAUUAAAUCUUGAUCGUGGCCGAGUAAUUUAAACUUUUUGUCUUUUUAAAUCAGAGCUGUUGAAAAUUUGGAUAAUUUUCUCUUCAGAGGCCAGGUUGCUAAUUUAUUUAAUUCCACUUCUAUCACUGAAUUGCUUAUUGCUUUGUUUAUAAAAAUCAAGUACUGCCCGCAGCAUUAGAGGUGAGUGCUGCGUGUGAAAUACCAGAGCAGCUGUUCAGCCUGCAGACACGCGCAUGCAUACGAGCUGAAGUCCCUGCAGCGCGGCGAGGACCUCGAGUGUGUUCAGGAGAAGUCGUAUCGCAGCAUCUGAAUGAGAAGUCUCCAGAAUGUCGUCAGAAUACAAUCAGCACGUUGAAAGUCACACAUAAACGCGUAUUUAAAACACGCUGUAAGAGCUCGACCACAGCAGGGUUCAGCUGAUGAGGGCUAACAUACACUGAAUUGUUGCACUUUCAUGUUAACGUCAAAUCUUUUUUAAUUUCCCUCCCCAGCUUUCGAUGUUUAUCUCUGAUCCCCAAGACUUACCAUCCCCGGGUCCUGACACACCAACCGUCAGUGUGAGGACAGUCGGUGAGCGUCUCUGGCUCUAGUUGUUGCUUUGUUUUUUUUGGCAGAAAUCACUCUCGAUUUGGCUGUUCUGCUAAGCGAAUCAGUGAAGAGAAACAGAAAAAGAAAGCGAAAGUCCAUCGAACCUGUCACUGUAGUAACUACGUUUCACCUAUUUUAGCACGGUUUCCCCUUAUUUCGCCUCUUCGCCCAACUUUAUCGAAGCAACAGUUUCUCAGUCCACCAUCCAAGUAGUUAACAAAUGCAGACUACCACCACCUGGUGGUAUGGAGAGGUACUUAAUCCCACACAAGUGCAAUUGUAGGCUGUACUCUUCAUGCUGCGUUCAAGUGCAGCUUUUGGCUGCAGCGUAACAUUCAGCCCUUGUCCUUGUCUCCGGCAGUUCCGUUGGUGUCUGUUUGGUGUGUCGGGGCCCUUUAAACUUUUUAAUCACUGCUUAGUCGUUCGAUCAAUCAAGAAGAGCUGAUCUCUAACCUGUUAGCCUUCUGUAGCUUGUCACAGCUGCAUCUUUGUGCCUGGCAGGAAUGAAUUGUUUAACGCUAAAAGAUCUACUUUUGUUAGAUCACGUUACACCAAAGAGAAAACAGUAGAUGGUGUGUUCUGUUGGCCUGCUCUUGAAUUAACCCUCUCACGCUGAUAUUCCCCCUCAUUUUUAUGGCAGCACUUAUUAUUCAUGAUCAUGAAAACACCGAAGCUCUCGCAUGAAAUGCUAGAAUAGUUUUUAUGAUAGAAAAGGUGUUUACGGUUGCAGUUUGACGCAGCUAUCUGCUUGCAGGGCAUUUUGAUCUUUUUUUAAUUAUUGCAACACUGAAAAUAUUCCUUGACCCAGUUUAUAUUUCCCGUCCCUUUUGAAUAUAGCCACGUAAAAGAUGCUCUGGUGUUGAAAAAGCACACAUUUAAAUGAAAUAAAAGUUAGUUUCUGUUCCCCUGUCAUUGUGCUGGAGUCCACAGUGACGAGCGUACUUCAGUAAGAGCCUUUUCUUUUGUUACGGAACAAGAGGCAGAAAGACAAGUGGACCUUGAAACCAGAGUGCUGUAUCGUUUGUGUCGUCGCAAAGAGAAACCCGAUGAAGUAACGUCUCCUCACUGGAGAUGCUGGGCUUCUUUGGUGCUGCCUUUUUUUUUUUUUUUUGGUUUCUUAGACUCCUAACUUAAAUCAAUUUAAUAUAUGUAGUGCAUUUCGCUCCAGUGAUCCUGUGUAUGUUAAAUUAUACAUUAUUUGAGUGUAUGAUCAAGUUAAAUACAUGUGCUUAUCUUGAUUUUGUAUUAUUUCUUUUGAAAUAAAGAGCAUCAAAUCUG